AUACGUGUCGUGCAUUACUCACCGCUCCCGCGUACGUUGCAGAUGCGAGCCCGUUGCCGACGCUGCUAGAGCGAUGCCCGCCGAGGGGGAACCCGCGGCGAUGGAGAGCCGCGAUGUGGACGGCGAGCCGCAGCAGUUCUGCCUGCGGUGGAACAACUACCAAACCAAUCUCACCAACUGCUUCGACCAGCUCCUCAGGACCCAGUCCUUCGUCGAUGUCACCCUCUCCUGUGAGGGACAGAGCCUCAAAGCUCACAAAGUGGUUCUAUCCGCGUGCAGCCCCUACUUCCAAUCCCUGUUAAUGGACAACCCGUGCAACCACCCGAUAAUAAUCAUGCGGGACAUUAAAUUUAGCGAUCUAAAGUCCCUGGUGGACUUCAUGUACCGCGGCGAGAUAAACGUGGCGCAGGACCAGAUCCAGGCAUUGUUGAAUGUGGCGGGGACUCUAAAAGUGCGCGGGCUGGCGGAUGUGAGCGCGGACCACGCUGUCUUGAGGCCGCCGAAGAGGCCAACGAGCGGGUCGGAGCGAAGUGAAUCACCAUCGAAGACGCGGCGCCGCGGGUCGAGCGAGCACAGCCCGCGGCGCUCGCCGAGCACGCCGGGGCCCGCGCUGAGCGUGCCGGGCCCGGGGCCCGAGCGCGAGGGGGGCGAGCGCGAGCACGCGGGGCCCGCCGCGCUGCCGCUGCACGCCGACGAUGUGGACAUCCGCCCCGGCAUCGCCGAGAUGAUCCGCGAGGAGGAGAGGGCAAAAUUACUGGAGAAUUCACACGCGUGGCUUGGUGCGUCUACGUCGUCAAUUGCAGCAGACAGCUACCAGUAUCAGCUGCAGUCCAUGUGGCAGAAAUGUUGGAACACCAACCAGAGCCUGGUCCACAACUUGCGCUUCAGAGAACGCGGCCCCCUGAAGUCCUGGCGGCCGGAGACCAUGGCUGAAGCCAUCUUCUCGGUGCUGAAGGAGGGCCUGUCCCUCUCGCAGGCCGCGAGGAAAUACGAUAUACCGUACCCGACGUUCGUGCUGUACGCUAACCGCGUCCAUAACAUGCUGGGCCCCAGCGCUGAUGGAGGUGCAGACUUAAGACCGAAGGGGCGCGGGCGUCCGCAGCGCAUCCUGUUGGGCGUGUGGCCCGACGAGCACAUUCGCGGCGUCAUCCGGGCCGUCGUCUUCCGCGACACUCACGCGCCACAUCCCACACACCACAUCAAGGAAGAAGUCCUGCCUGUUUACCCGUCCAUCACGGACGGUAUGACCGUGCCGAACGCGUACGGUGGUGUGGCGUGCGGCAACGGGCGCGAGGGCGGAGUGUCGCCCAACGCCGCCGCAGCAGCCGCCGUCGCCGCGGUCGCUCACGGCCUGCGACGGCAGAUGUGCAACAUGGUGGUGGCCGCCCAGAGGCCCCCGGACCACCCGCCGCACCUCGGCCUGCCGCCGCUGCCGCUGCAGUCGCCGCGCCUGCCGUCGCCGCUCUCCGCCGGACUGGAAUCUCCGCUAUGUUCCCCGCCUCCUCCCGGUCACGCCCUAGAGCCGCCCAAACCGGCUGAUCCGUUCCGCCCUUUCGCCUCUCCACGACCUGACAGUCGUUUCUCAGAGCGCGACGUGGUGACCGACGCCACUGACAUGGGGCCACCGAAGACGCCCGUGGCUAAGAACGGCAAGGACAUGCCGGCCGGCACUCCCCCGCUCGUGGAGGCUCGCGCCGAGCACAUCUGAAGCGAGGCCGCGGGCGGUGCGCAGACGCAGGCGCCGCUGAGCGCGCCGGCUCCGCCGCUGCCCGCUUACCCGUACUUCGUCCCAAGCAGGAACUCCGUGGGCUAUUUUUAAAUGGCAUCGUGGCCGUAGUCUGUAUACCAUAGAUUUAGUACCCUGGUAUCCUAUUAAAUCUAUGUUGUAUACGACCGUUCGACAUUCCAAGGCCACUGCAGACGGAGGGACGUAGGAGGGGUCGACUGCAUGCUGUUUAAACUUUUUUUAAUUAUUCAAUUUUAAUUCAAAUAUGUAUGUUACUAUUAUUUAACGUGGACUCGCUGUGCAAUAAAAUGCUUUGUUGUUUAAUUACUUAUGAAUUUUGUGUAAUGAAAGAAUAUUUUAAUUUAAUUAUUAUUUGUAUACAUUAUUGUUUAUGCAUGUGUUCCAGUGAAAUAUUUUAGUAUAUUUUGUUAAUAUUAUAUGAAGGUAGGUAUCGCGGGCUCGCCCGUAGUGUGUAGACUUUCAAACAUUAAUGUAAGCUUAUCUAAUAAACGUUACAUUUUAGAGCCAUCUGUGAACGUAGGGAGAUCAAAAUUUAAUAUUUGGCCCGAUUUCAAAAGACUGUUUGGUAUACCUAUUCAUUGUAAUUCAGCAACAUAUUCGUGUAAGACAGAAUUAUAAAUUAGUGUUAGCUGUAUUAAAAUAGUCCCGUCAUUUGAUCAGGUUGAUGUAAUUCUAUGUAGAUUAUCGUGGUGUUGUCGCUUGCCGGCUCGGCGCACUCUUCACCGUCUCGCAGCGAUCACAACCAGUAGACAUAGUGGUCGCCAAAUGUAAUAUAGAUUGUAUCAUUAGCCUGUAGUGAUUGUUCCAAAUGUUAGGUUAAAUUAGAUGUCCGGACCCGUGCGGCCUCUGUCUUAACUGCUGCACAUUAUAUGCUAUUCCACAAAUCGCAAAAAUUAAAUAUUCAAAUGUAUUUGUAGUCGAAGUGUACGAAAUAUAAUUAAGUGCAUUUUACUUAUUGCGAUUUGUGGAUAACUGUUGCGCUAUUCUAUUCAGUGGGAUUUAAAGAAAAGUCCCAAGAACUUGGAUACUUCCAAACGCUUAUUGCCUGGCGUUGCUUCCACAAAAUGAUUGCUGUUUAGAACAUGGAUACCUAAAGACAACUGUAUCUAUUACUGUUUCAUCAUAUAGAUAUCAUCUCAACCUUUCGUCUAUAGAAAUACUCGCGGGUCCGAUAGGUUUAGUAGCACUAAAAUCGCCAGCAUUGAAUGUAAAUCAUUCGAAAGUCUGCUAACCUACCUACGCGUAGCUAGAGUAUACAUUUCAAUUUAGAUUAGCUAUAUAACUAUGUAGCAAGUGACUUACUUGGCUGCCGCUGGCGCCAUCUGCGUGAUAUUGGCAGGACACGAUAAAAAAAUACCAAAGAGAUCUUGUUGACACGUUGCUAACAUUUGUAUCUUCUUCCAAGUAUCCCAACUAUUGUUUGUCGAAUGCACGGAAUUUUGAGCAAAAGAUAUUCGAUGUGACAUUCUGUGAUAUUCAUUGAUUCUGUACAAAAAAUGUCUCAAAAUGAAUGAAUUAAAAUGAAAUGGUUACGUGUCAAGUCACAGAGUUUGAUUGAUGGUCACGCUUGGCGCUGGCGACCAAAGCCUCGGAACUCUCAUUAAGGUAUGUGUACAAAUUUGUUUUAUUGAUAAUUCCCUUUCGUUUCAUAGUUUCGGCGGGAAAAUUACUAGUGUACGAUUCUUCUUGCCGCAGGGGUAUACCAUUAGAUAUUGUUGGCAUACUCGUUGGCGUAUUUAUAGAGGAGGACGCCUCGCGACCCGGCGGGCGUCCGGGCUGCCUCGUCGCAUGCACGCAAGAGAUAUUAUGAUAAGUCUCCAAGUGGCCUUGAUACUUCUCUUUUAUUUGGAAUUUGGAUUUUUCGGUUCAAGUUUGAAUUAGUGUAUAAAAAAAAGACCAAAUUAUUAAAAAUACAUUUGCAAUUCAAAACUAGUGUUGAAACUAUUUGGCUAUCCUUUUUGGAAAUAAAGUUUAAUCUAGGAAAAUGGUAAAAUUAAAACAAAGUUAUAUAAUGGCCUAUACGUUUCGGAUGAAUUGCGUAAUUUUGGUAAAUGUUACUACGCAUAUUUUCUAUUGUGUAAGUCUAGGCUAAUGUGUUCAAAAAGUAAUUUAAAAAUUAAAAUUUUUGAAAAAAAGUAGAAAGUGCCUUCCAAAUUUUUGACCACAGUAAGUGUUGGGAUGGGUGCGGCGAUGUAUCGGCUAGUCGAGGCCGGUGGCGACAGUCGACCGACCGUCGAGCGACAGUCGCGCGACAGUCGCGCGGCGGCGCCACCGGCCUCACUGAACGUGCUGAACUAUAAAAGUUAGAAUAAUAAAAAUUCAAAAUUAUUAUAUAAAAUUAAAAUACAUAUGACUAUUAUAUAGAAAAAAAUAUACAUAAAAUUAUAUAUUUGGCCGAUGUGGUUAUACCCUGACAGGCAAGCGUUAGCUCCUUUUCGGCGUCAAAAUUGAUUCUCUUCGUUUGUUCUCGCGACCAUAGUCCCCACGCAGACCCUGCGACGUGCCAUUAGUUCGAACCGAAUAUGCGGUUCUCCAAUUUGAAUCACAUUGACGAUUUCCUAGUUAUAAUUCAAGAAUUAAUUUAUUGUAUUGGAGAAUACAUUUUUCGGAUUACAUAAUUAAGUACCUAUUUUAUUUUCGUGAUAGAAUAUAAGAAAAGCUUCUUGUAGAAUUACUUUUUACGAUACACACGAGAGGCGGUUUUGGUUGGUAUAAUUUUAAUUGUAGACAUAAUUUAUGAUUUAAAUUAGUCACGAACUGGCAGGUUAUCCUGCGUGAAACCUGCAGCUAUUUCUCAAUUUUCUAUUACUUUUGUGAUAAAAGAAAAAUAUUUAUAGAUGUUUAAUCGUAAAGAACAAUAUUACGUUUCUCAAUGUUCUUUAAUUAGUACCUAUUUACUGUAACUGUAUGUAUAUGCAUUAUUUAUUUCGUUAAUAACGCCAGAACGGGCUCAAAGUAUACCUACUUACCUAAUUGUAUUUGAUACCUACCCCAUACUGAUCGUCUAUCAAGCUACCAAAAAUCUCGAGUUAAUAAAUAUUUAUUGUUCUAUGUAUUUUAUCGAAUAACUGUUUAGUUUUAAGUACAUAGCAGUCGGUAGGUAUCAAUAAAUGUAACUUUAAAUAAGUAUUACCAUUGCUUUGGGCUAACAAUUUAUUCAUUGCAUAUCACACUGUGUAAUUAAAUUUUCGUUACCCCUGCGACUGUAGGCUAGACACGAUUUAUUUUGUCGACUAAUUGUAUUAUUUUUUAAAGAAUGAUGCUUAUUUUGUAUGGGGCAUCUCGAGAACUGUAUUUUAUAAUUUUUAAAUGCCGCAGGGGUAACUUAAACGUCAGUGAAAUCAUGGAAAUAUGUUUUAAUUUUUCAUGUAAUAUAAAUAUACGUGAAUAUUAAUGUCGUUAUAUCAAUUAUGUUACUGAAUCAAUUAUUGUUGUUAGGAUUUAUGUUUCAGUAUGUGUGUUCCUGGCAAAUCUGUAUUGUUGCAUAACAUAUAAAUGCUGUAUGCACAAACGAUACUUUUAUGCUUAAAUUCAUCCAAGUUUCUUUAUUUUACGCUUGUGUAUCGUAACUCUAAGUAGUGUUUGUGAAUACAGAGGAUAAAUUCUGUUUAAGUAAUCAAGCGUAUUGGGCGUUUUUGCUGUCCGAUAAAUGAAUACAACUUUAUUUUUUCAAUACCCUCGUUUAUGUCAUUAAGUUCUUAUUGUUAGAAAUAUUACCUACAUGACCCUACAAUGAUUUGCAUUUCAUUCCUAUAUUAACUUCUCUCAAUAUCUAUGAUUCAUCUUAGGUCUGAUUUAAGUUGUUAUUUAAGUGGUAUUUUUUAUCACAUUUCCCAUAAUGAGUGUGUUACAACUUUUGUCUAUAAUCAAAA